CAAAUAAGAUAUUAUUAUAUUUUAGGAUACUCAGCUCUAUUUUAUAGAUUUUAGAUUUGUUUUACACAAUACCCAUCUUACUCAAUAAUAAAAAUGCAAAAAAGAAAAUUUCAUAACGAUAAAUAUUUAAUAUUAAUAGAUUUAAUAAAAGAUUUAUCAGAACCAGCAUACUAUCAACAUAUUAAAUUAAAAAUUAAAAAUAUAUUAGAUAAUAGUAAUAAUAUUAAUAAUAAUAAUAAUUAUAAUAAUAAUAAUAAUAAUAGUUUUAAUAAUGAUAUUAUAAAUAAAAUAGAACUACCAGAAAUUAUUUUAAGAAGUGAUCAUGAUAUUAGAUUUGGUUUUUUAAGUAACCCAAAUGAAAAAAAUGAAAUUUUUGAACCAUUAAAAUUAAGAAUCGAAAAUUUUAAAGAAUAUAUCAAAAUAGUUUUGGAUAAUCAAAAUGUAGUAGAAUUAUUAAAUGAUUUGGUAGAACAUUAUCAACAAUUCAUUGUAAAUUUAGUCGAAAAAGCCAAAGAAGGAACAAUGUCUUUUAGUAUAUUUGAGUGUAAACCAUUGCUAAUAGUGUGCGAAUCAGAUUUAUUAUAUAGGGAAAUUUCCUUAGAAAAAGCCUAUGAAAUUGCUUCUUAUAAUUCCAAAGAGUAUGAAUAUAAUGGUAAAAAGAAUUUUAAUGGUCAAUUAGCUAUUGGAAGUUAUGUAAAUGGUGUGUUUUUUAAAGUGGUGGAUAGCAAUUUACAAGUAGCCAGAGAGAAUGCAGUUCAUCAAUUUUAUAGAUUAAUGUUCGAUGAAGAGGAUCAACAAGAACUUAUUUCACCAUCUCAAUUGUUGGCUUUAAACCAAAUAUCAAUAUUACCCCCUAAUGCAGAUCAGCCAGAAAGAAAAGAUUUAUCAAUACUUAAACAAAAGCAUAAUAAAAAACUUGCUCGUGAAAUAUUCAAUAUUGACCCAGAGUUAGAAAGAAGAAUUGAAAGAUCUUUAAAGAAACGAAGAUCAGUAUUUGUUCAAAGUACUCUUGAGGUAAAAAAUGCCGAAAGUUUUCAACAGUUUUUAAAGAGGGCAAAAGAAGAUCCAGAUUUAUUCAGGUUUUUAGAAAGGGAGAGCUAUAGUGCCCAUAUUGUGUCAAGUAUUCUAUUGUUGCAAAACGAUUAUGGACCAGAUAGUUUAGUGGUAUCUUGUAUUGAAGAUAAGGAAACUGGUGUUAAAGAAUAUAAGAUUAUUGGUAUAGACAACGAUUCAUGCUUAGAAGGGGGUGAAUUGGAUAAAAGAAACACAAAUAGUUAUUAUGUAAAUUUUAAAAAUGUAUUAUUCACCAUUCCAUUAAUGAAAGAACCAAUAAAUCAAAAGGUCAGGACUCAGAUACUAAAGCAACACCCUAAUUUAUUUAUCUUAAGUUGGUUAGUUCAAAUUUUUGAAAAAGAAAAUGAAUACAAGAGUUUUGUCGAGUCUACCACCCAGUUUGAUCUAGAGCAUAAUAAAGAGGAGCAAAGGAAUAAAUCCCUAAAGGAAUUGGGAAUGCCCAUAAAAUUUCCUAAGGAAUGGAUAACCAAUAUGUUGUCAAGAUUGUCAAGAAUAAGGGAUAUUCUAACAAUAAAUGGUUUAACAACACACAAAGAGCUAUUUGAACAAAUAUGUCCAUUUGCAAAUUUUUUCUAUCAAGAGUUGGCUAAAAAAUAUAAAGAACCAAUCGAUCUUAUGGAUGCGCUAUAUCAAUUAAAAUAUGACUUUAAAUUAUUACUGUCAAAUAAAUCAAGAGAAAAUCUUUUAGCAUAUAGUUUCAGUCAACAACAACAACCACCUGAACCUUCAGAAUCUAUUGUCGAAACGAUCAAAGAGUUACUAUUAAUUUCAGACUAUAGAAGAUUUUUACCAGGUCAAAAUUUAAUUGAAUGGUUAGAGCUUAUCAUUAAAGUAAAAAACCAACUUUAUGAUAUUGUACCAAAAGAAGAUGAAGAAAUAAAUCACGAUAGCACAUCUUAUAAUGAUGAUAGUACAAGCGAAGUUGAUAAUUCAAGUGAAGGUGGUUUUAAUGAAAAAGAUGGUGCAAGCAAUUUAGUUAAAAAUAGUUUAAAGAAUAAAAAUAAUGUAAACAAUAAUAAAAAUAAUAAUAAUAAUAAAUUAAAAAUCAAAUUACACCAAUCAUGGUAUGGUGAAAACUCAAAAUCAAUUUUAGUCAAAUUAAUUAAGCUUGGGGCCUCGGAUACAGUAAUUAAGGAGUUUAUUAAAAUGGUUGGUUUAUCAAUUAAAGAUAUCAACGAAAUCAAUGAAGGAGGGUCAAUUAUACAUAUUGCUAUUAAUGCAAAUACACCGCAACUAUUUAGCCAAUUAAAUGCAUUAAAGUCAUUGGGGGUCGAUAUUGAAAAUAUUCAAGGUAGUUGGACAACCCCAUUAGGUAUCAGUGCUUAUAAUAGACAUUAUGGUUUAUUCAAAUUAUUGGUAGACUUAGGUGCUGGAUCAAAUACAAAAUAUGAAGCUAUAAGAGCGGUUUUAGAAAACCCAAAGACAAUACCAGAUGAUAUUUAUCAGUAUUUAGUAAAGCUUACUUACGUAAAUCCAAAAUUAUCACUAAAAUUAACAUUGGACGAAGUAUUUGAAAAUAUUGUAAAUAUAAACAACCUCAAAGGAAACAUUGUAUUGAAAUUAGUUUCAGAAAGUGACAGAGUAAUCUCUCUGGAGAGCUGGAAUAAGGUAUUUGGCCAACUUGGUGCUACAUCUAUGGCCACAUUGAUUUCAAGGAUUUCAAACAAAAAUUCAAUUUAUUUAGAAAAAAAAGGAUUACGUAUCAAUAUCAGGUUUGAUGUAACCUAUCCAGGUUUGGAGUUGGCUGUAGUAGAUUUAUUUACAAGAAUAUUUAAAUUUUGUUCACCCUAUUGUCAAAUAGGAUCACUAAAAGAUUCCCCAAUACUUUUAUAUCAAGGUAUCAGAGGCCAAUAUUUACAGGAACUAUUAGAGAAACCAAACUAUAAUCAAAUAUUAACACAAUUAGAUCCAUACAGCAUCUCUAAAGUAUUAAUAAUGUCAAUGAUAAUAAAUCCAAAUGAUGUCAGUUUAAAUAAUUAUUAUAUUUCACCAAUAGAUAGCAGUAGCAACAAUUUAAAUAAUACAUUUUCACCACAGGAUAAUAAUUUAAGAUAUAAUAUUAUACCAAUUAAUAAUGAAAGUUCAUUCUUGCCAUCAGUUACCAAAGACGGUCAAAAAUUAACAUUGCAAGUAGAAACAAUAUUAUUUUUAUUAAAUCAAAUGAAUGAACCAGUUCAUAGAGAUGUUGUUAAAGAGAUUAAAGAAAUUAAAAUUGAAACAGUUUUAAAAAAUUGGCUAGAAUUUUUAAAAUCAAUGAACCAUGAUUUUAUUGAGCAUUUCAAGAGUAUUUUUUUUAAUAUUAAUCAAAGUCAUCAAGAAAGAAAAACAAUAAUAGGUGUUCCAUUUUAUCAAGGUGCUAUUAGACAAAUUUAUACAAAGCUCAUAAGACUACAAACCGAAUUUAAUAAAGAAAAAGAGAAUCCAUUGACCCAUUUCGAAUUAUUAGAGAUUAUUGAACCAAUGGUUGCAAUUUGUUACAAACCACUGUUAUUUAAUCAACAAUUAACUAUAAGAGAAAAAUAUAUUCAAUUAAAAAAUUUAAAUUCUCAAACUCUUACAAACCAUCCACUAUCGGAUUAUUUAUCAUCAAGAGAGUAUCCAAGUAUUAAAUCAAUUCAUAAAGAGUUAUGGUCAAUGAAGUUUACACCCUCUGAAGCAAUCCACGAGUUAACUCAAGUUAUCGAACAAAAAGAAAGGGUUAGAGAGAUACUAGGUGAUUUGAACCGACCCAAUCAAUUUCAAAGCUCCACUCAAUCAGAGUUAUCUGAAGGUAUCAUAGAAAUGCUUAUUGAAGAGCUGGAUUUCAAAAAGUUAACAUCUCAACAAGAACAGUUUUUAUUUGAUUCAAUUAAGGGAAAAGCAUUAAGAUACCUUUUCCUUCAAAAUAGCGAAUUAAUCAAAACCUCAAUUUUCAGAACGUUCAAUUUAAAAACUGUAAUAAGAAUGGACCUAUCCAAUAGUAAAGUUGAAAGCAUUUCAAAUAGUAAUAAAUUACUAAAGGGUAGUUAUAUAUCAAUGCCAGCUUUGACUCAUUUAAUAACAAGUGGUUGUAAAUUAUUAGUGAAUUUAAAAAUUCAUGCUAAUAAUCUCAAAGUUUUAAAUUGCUCAGAUUGUCCAUUGUUAAAGUUUAGAGUUGAUGCCCCUAGUUUGGAGGAGGUUAAACUAUCAAAUAGCAAUAUAGACCAAAAAGCAAUUUCGAAAAUAUCAAAGUUUAAAUCUUUAGUAAACUUAAAUAUUUCAAAAUCAUUUUUAGUGCCACAAAUCAAAGAGAUUAGUUUGGUCAAUUUUGAAUCAUUGAUAAAGUUUAUCGCAAAUGACAUUACAACUAUCGAGAGAGUACAUUUUAAUUUACCUAAAGUAGAAUACAUAAAUUUAGAGGGCUGCUUAAAAUUAUCAAGUAUUACAGGCUCAGCACCAUUAUUAAAAAUAUUAGAAAUAAAUGCAGAUUUUAAUUUUAAAUCACCAUCAAUAAAUAAUUUACCAACACCAACAACAUCAUCUCAUAGUAUCAGUAAUAGCAAUAGUAAUAGCUUUACAUCAAGCAAGGUCAACGUUUGUGGUAUUGAUAAACACAUUCCUUAUUUCAGAAAGUUGAUUGGGUCUCAUUCAAAUGUUUCCAAUUGCACAGAUUAUAUUAAAAGCCAGAGCCAUGAAUUUCAAUUUUGGUAUUUAUCAGAAAAAGAAAGCAACACUGCCACUAUCGAUUUAUAUUUAAGAAAUUGCUUUUGGAUGGUUCUGUUUUUUGACCUUUCUAUGGCUCCAGCUCAAGAGUCAAUUGAAAUUUUUAAAAGCUAUUGUCAGUAUAUAAAAAACAAUUCAUUUAAUGUCAAGAUUAUAUUAUUUGGAUUUGGUUAUGGUGUAGAAAGUGAUAGCGAGUUCAAGUUAAAACAAUUUAGAGAUGAAUAUAAAAUCGAAACAUUUAUUUAUCUACCAUACAUUUCAGAGCAAUUCCAAAGAGAUUAUAUCAGAGAUAGUUUAUUUUCAAUUUUAAGAAAUGAUAAAAUACAGCUAUUAAUUAAUCAGCAUAUAUUCCAAUGUAGAAAAGAAAUUGAAUAUUUUAAGGUUCAAAAAAUAUCAUCUCAUCUCUUAAACAACAAUGUAUUAAUAAUUCAAAUGCUAGAGUUGCUUGAUGGAGUUGAUUUAUUAGAUCUAAUAGAUUACUUUAAAGAUGAAAUCAAGAAAAUAUCAAUAAUUUUCGAAUUGUUAACUCAAUUAUUCAACGUAGAUGUAUUAAUUAAGCAGUUAAUAGAAUCCAAUAGAAUACACAGUAGAAAUAACAGUAGUAGUAAUAUUCGUAUUCAUAGUCGUAAUGGAAGUACUAAUAGUAAUCACAGUAAUAGUAGUAGUAACUUGGCAUCAUAUGUCGAAAGUAUUUUAAAUGCAAAUGGUAACGGUACAACAAACAAUAACAACAAUAACAACAACAAUAGCAACAACAAUAACAGUUUAUCAUUAAAGUAUUAUGAAGAAGAAAAGAAUGAAUUAAAGAAUAAACUAAAUACAAAUAAAGAAUUAAUUGGUGUGGCAUUUAGAAAUCUAAAAAGAAUAUAUUAUAUUGCAUUAAUUAGGGAUGUUAAAAAAGUUAUUGACCUACUAAAGCCAAUCUAUUCAAAGAAAUUAGAACUAUACCAAAAAGAAUAUUUCAAAGAUUACGACGAUAACAUUGAUUUUAGUUUUUCAGAAAUUAGAGAAUUAUACCAAACAACAUCAUCUGGUUUUUCGUCCAAUUCAAUACUUCCAAGAAUAUGUUACUCGGGUUUCUUGUUGCCUUUCCAAUUGUUUAUUAAAUUAAAAGAUCCAAAAUUAUUAAAUUGUCCAUUUGACGAUUGUUUCCCAACAGAACACAAAUCGAGAAAUAACAGCACUAAUGGUGGAUCAUUAUCAAGCAGUGGUGAACAUAAUUUAAAGGUUAACCCAAGUUUAACAUCAUCAACAAGCACAACUUAUUUAUUGGGGGAUGAGGAAGAGUUAAAAUGGAUAAAUUGUAUAACUCCACUUUCAAUUCUAAUCGAUCAAAAAUGCACAGAAAUUCUUCAUUGGUUAAUUAAAAAUGAAAUAUUACAAGAAAAUUCAAUAAUUGAUGAAGGUUUAUUAAGAGCAUCAAUGAACGGAAAUUUAGAAUAUGUUAAAAUGUUUGUUUCAAACGGUGCAGAUAUAAAUUACUACCCAGUCGAUCUUCAAAUGAGUCCCUUGUUAUUUGCCGCAAAAAAUGGUCAUUUAGAUGUAGUCAGGUAUUUGUUUGAUAAUGGCGCCGAUAUUCAUUGCAGAAAUAGAGAUGGUUUAACCUCACUUCAUUACGCAACUCAAUCUAAUAGCAAUCAGUUACUAGAUUUAUUAUUAUCAAAAGAUAAUGGAAGUGGAUUCUUUACAAGAAGUAGCAAAAGUCAAAAUCAUUUAGUUUAUAAAAACACACCAUCAUUUAUAGUUGUUUCAAAUAAAGAUAUUACAAAAGAAUAAAAGAAAUAAAUAAAAGAAAUAAACAAUAAAAGAAUUAAUUAUAUUUUAAUUUUUUAUAAAAAUAAAAGAGUGUUUUUGUAAAAC